GCGGCUCGCGAAGCGAACCGUACCCGGCGCGGCCCUGCGGGUCGGCGGACCGACUGACGGAGAAAGGGACCCACGUGGUGCAGCCAGUUGAACCUUGGAGUGAUUAUUUGCUAAAGAAAAGAGCUUCAUAUAUGAUACAGUUGAUUUCACCAUAUGCAAAAGGAAAGACUGAUGUGAAUUGAAGAGAUGGGCAUCUGCAAUCAAACCACAGUGACUCAUUUUAUCCUCAUAGGGCUUUCUGAUCGCCCCGAGGUGCGCUACCCUCUCUUUGUGGUCUUUACCAUCAUCUAUCAGGUCACCUUGGUGGGAAAUGGAGUUAUUCUCUUGGCCAUUGGAACUGAGAAAAAACUGCACACACCCAUGUAUUACUUUUUGGCAAAUCUGUCGCUCUUAGACAUAUCCUGCCCAUCAGUUACUGUCCCCAAGAUGCUGGAGAACCUCUUGACUGAGAAGCACAGCAUUUCCUACAUUGGGUGUGCUUUGCAGCUUUAUUUUCUGGUGGCCCUUGUGGGAACUGAAGUCUUCCUUCUCUCUGUCAUGGCUUAUGACAGGUAUGUGGCCAUCUGUUUCCCUCUUCGUUACACCCUCAUCAUUACCAAGGUUCGAUGUGUUCAGCUGACUGCUGGGACUUGGGUAGCAGGGUUUCUCAAUUCCCUCCUUCAUACAGUGUCCACAUUCCACCUUUCUUUCUGCAAGUCCAACCAAGUUAACCAGUACUACUGUGACAUCCCACCAGUGGUCGCUCUCUCAUGCUCAUCCACCUAUGUGGCAGAAAUGCUUAUUUUGGUGGAAGCAGGUAUCCUGGGGAGCAGUGCCUUCCUGGUCAUCUUUAUCUCUUAUUUCUACAUCAUAUCUACCAUCCUAAAGAUCCAGUCAGCAGAAGGGAAGCGCAAAGCCUUUUCCACAUGUGCUUCCCACCUUCUGGUGGUCUGUUUAUUCGGUGGCACGACAAUAUUUACCUAUGUGCGUCCCUUUUCCAGUCAACACUUCCCAGCAAGAGAUAGACUCAUCUCCAUGUUAUAUGGAAUUAUUACUCCAAUGUUAAACCCCAUGAUCUAUAGCAUGAGAAACACAGAGGUGAAAGGAGCAAUCAGAAGGCUCUUAUAUCAGAAAGCAUGUUUACAGCAAGUCUAA